AUGCCGGAGGAGACCCCUCCCGCGGCGCCUGCGAGGCUGGCCAGCGCGCGCCCGUUCUCGAGUGCGCGCCGCGUCAGCCUCGGAGAGGCGCACUGUGCCACCACCGCGCUCCGUCCAUGGGGUGAGGCGGCUGGGCAUGGCCAGGUGCCCCCAGCGAGCGCGGCUGUCGGAGCGGCAGUGGGGGACGGAGGGGCGGGCUCUCCCGACGGCCCGGUGCUGCUGCACCUGGCGCUGCUGCGCGAGCAGCUGGAGGCCCUGGCGAAGAAGAUGGAGCACAACCAGUGCUCCCUGCUCGGUGCCAUUGGCGUCGUGGAGCGCCAGUGCAGGCCUGGCGGGGCGGGGGCACCGCAGAGCGAGGAGCAGUGCGCCGCGGCUGCCCCGGGAUCUCAAGGCACGCUCGAGGUGGGCGCGCCCGGCAGCGCCCCCGGAGCCAGCAGCGGGGAGCCGGAGCCCCAGGCGCCGCCCCGAGCACCCGGUGGAGCGGGCUCGCCCGCCGGCGACGACGAGGAGUCGGUGCCGGACACGCCGGUGUCCCCGCAUGCGGACGCGGCCGAGCAGAGGGCCGCGCCAGCGUCGUCCAAAGCCCACGACAGCGAGAGGAGCGGCAGGCGCAAGGGUACCGAGUCGAGUCUGGACGUCCCGUACUUCUUCUUCAGCAUGAACAAGCGCGGCUCUUCCCUGCGCGAGACCGAGGUCCACGAGCUCUCAGCAGUCACGGCUCAGAUGUCGAGUCACCAGGCCACCAUCAAAAAGCACAGGCUCACCCUGGACCAUCGAAACAAGGAGAUCAGAGCAUGGGCAGAGAAGCUAGUGGCGACAUCGCAGUUCGAGACGAUAGUGGCAGGAUCCAUUGUCUUCAAUGCCGUCGCCAUUGGUUGGAAUUCUGAUUGGUCGAUGAGGAACAUUGGGUCAGAUCGCCCGAUUUUUUUUAUUGCUCUGGAUUGGAUAUUUCUCAGCGUCUUCAUGCUUGAGCUUCUGCUGCGUAUGGUCGCAGAAGGAGGGCAGUUCUUCCACUACCGUGCCAAGAUGUUCGGCUGGAAUAUGUUUGAUAGUGGCAUCAUUGCGUUGACUCUUCUGAACAAUGCCGAAGUCCUGGGUGUACGUCUCUCCGUUGUGCGUGUUUUUAGGGUCAUGCGGCUAGUGUCCGUUAUCCGCGUGGUCAGGUUGAUGAAUGGUUUCAUGGAGCUCCGCAUGAUGGUUGACGGCAUUAUGAAUUGUGGCAAGACUCUGUUGUGGUCGUUUCUUCUUUUGAUUGUCCUCACUUUUAUCUACGCCGUCGUGUGCCUGGAGUUCAUCGCCGAGUGGCUCACGCAAGCGGAACAGGACAUGGGGGGGGCAUCGACAGCUGGCUUAGCGCCGGCCGACCAGGAGUUGAUGGCGUCGACAAUGACGUUUGUGAAGGACAAUUAUUUAUUUGCAUUUACACGCUCUUCAAGGCAGUCAGCGGAGGGGUGA